UUUUAUCGAAAAUAGCGGCCAAUCUAUAGCCCGGUUCCCACUAUCGGCGCAAGGUACCAAUUUUCGGCGUAUUUCAUGUACCGAUAAUGUGACCGCAUUAAAUAUUAUGAAAUGCGACAAUCAUGGCCGAUAUUGGGCCUACAAUGCACAACCAAAAUCGACCCAGUUGCGCCGAUAAUGUGAACGCUAUAAUGUUUGAUAAAGAGCAAUAAAAAUUGAAAAAUGCGCAGAUUUUUAUCGGGCACUUGAGCACCGAUCGAAUACGCCAAUCACCACCAAUAUCUCUCUUUUUCAGCAAAUUUUUAAGUAUUAAUUUGAAAAUCUUUAUCAAUAAUUUUUAAAUUUUAAAGUUGAAAAAAAUCCACAUUAAUCGUCAUGAUUUUUGAAUUGAUUCUCGAUUCCAACCGAAAUAACAAAAUAAACAAAAAGAUCGAGUCGAAGGUUUUUGAUUAAUCGAUCUUCGACAUCUCUACUGGUUGCAAACAUAUGUAAAUAAAACAUAUAUUCGAAAUGAAUUCAGACGACGAAGUUUUUGAAGGUGUUAUGGACAAUGUGCUUGACGAAACCAUUUCUUCCACACCCAGCAAAACAAAAAGACGAAAAAAACCACAAAUAGUGUCAUCAUGGACAAAUGAAAGCACAACGAAUUUGAUACAGGCCAUUGAAAUGCACAAUUGUAUUUGGGAAUAUUCCUGCCCAGAAUAUAAAGAUCGCGCCAAAAGAGAUAAAGCUUGGAAUAACAUCGCGGAGAAAUUUCCAACCCAAGAAGUUGACGGAUGCAAAGCAAAAUGGGCGAAUAUAAAAACGGCAUUUUCAAAUGUAAAGAAAAAAAUGACAACUAAAUCAGGCCAAGCGGCCGGUAAUGCUUUGCCACAUUGGCCGUUUUGGUCAGCUAUGCAAUUCUACUGUUUGCAUGAUCGCUGCAAGAGUAGUUCGUCCGUCUCAACACUAGAUGUGGAUGCAGAUGUAACGCCACCACCAACAGCUGCCCGAAGUGACAGGAAAUCCAAACCCUCUGCAUCCGAUGAAUCAGUGACAACAGAUGCAAUGGAGAGCGCAAUACAAUUUUUAAAUAAAGAAGAAGACCACUGGCAUGGAGUGGGCAUGUAUCUUGCACUGCAAAUGCGUGAACUAUCAAAAAGAAAUAAAAGAGCAGCAAAUAAACUUCACGCGGAAUUAAUUCAAGUAGCUAUGAAUGCUGUGUUGCAACAAGAUGAGGAAAGUUUAUCAUAA